CAAUUCAUUAGCCAAUAGCCAUCACCAUCCCGCAACAAAUUGAAAAGUCUUCUGCAGACAAAUCUCAUUGACUUGCGUCAACCCUCUCCCUCAUCAAUCGUCUGAGUCUCUGCAGCUGCAAUAUGUUCGUCUUUUCCCAUGAACGAUUCUCCCCUACUCGCCAUUGAAAUACGCUCUAUAAGAACUCCUCCAACUAUAAAGCUCACGACUCAUCUCCAACAGCGCUAACACAUCCUUCAACCUUACCAUGACGUCCAUGGUCAAGGCUUCCCCCAAAAUUUUCUUACUCUUCUUCUUCGUUGCCUUUCUCCAUUCUCCCACAACCCAAGCUCAGGUUACUUAUCUCUACCAAAAUUGCUCUUCCAACAGUACCUUCGCAGCCAAUAGCGUUUUUCAAUCGGACCGCAAAAGACUCUUCUCUUCCUUGGCUUCCAGCAACAACACCGACACCGGCUUCUCCAACGCCACCGUUGUCGGUGGUGGCGACACCGUCUAUGGCCUCUUCAUGUGCCGGGGUGACGUCAACGUCUCGACGUGCCACCAGUGCGUCGUUAACGCAACCCAACUAUUAUCUUCCGAGUGCAGAGCUUCCAAGGAGGCCAUAGUCUGGUACGACGAGUGCUUGCUUCGCUAUUCUAACCGUUCCUUCUUCUCCACCGUCUCCACAAGGCCAAGGCUUGGCCUCUUGAACACCGGAAAUGUCUCAGACCCGACAAACUUCAUGAGAACAUUGUACGAUACUAUGAACAAGACUGCAGAUGAGGCGGCUAAACCUGCUGCGGGGAAAAAGAAAUAUGCGACCGGAAUAGCAAAUUUUUCGCCGUUUCAAAAAGUGUAUUGUCUAGCUCAGUGCACGCCGGACCUUUCGCCGUCCGAUUGCAGAAGGUGCCUGAGUGGUGUGAUUGGGGACCUUGACUGGUGUUGUGACGGGAAGCAAGGAGGAAGAGUUCUGUACCCUAGCUGUAACGUUCGCUACGAAUUGUACCCUUUCUACCAAUCGGAGGCUCCGGCACCAACUCCUACGCCGACAACUGUGCCUCCGACAAAUACUACAGGUUCCCAAGGAAAAAGUGGGAUCUCAUCGGGGACGAUUGUUGCGAUCGUGGUUCCAAUUUCAGUGGCUGUUCUGAUAUUUAUAGUUGGCAUGUGUUGCUUGGGUAAAAGAAUGAGGAAGAAGCAUGACUCCGUUCCUGAAGUAAAAUCUACAAGUGAAAUCAGCAAUUUGGAUUCACUGCAAUAUGAUUUCAGUACAAUUGAAGCAGCUACGAACAAGUUUUCUGCAGAUAACAAGCUUGGUGAAGGCGGAUUUGGAAAGGUUUACAAGGGGACGCUUGCAAAUGGACUAGAAAUUGCUGUGAAGAAGCUCUCCCGGGAAUCUGGACAAGGUGUACAAGAAUUUAAGAAUGAAGUAGAGGUGGUUGCCAAGUUACAGCACAGAAAUUUGGUGAGGCUUCUGGGAUUUUGUGUGCAAGGACAAGAGAAGAUUCUUGUUUAUGAAUAUGUUCCCAACAAAAGUCUUGAUUACAUUCUUUUUGAACCUGAAAAGCAAAGACAGCUAGAUUGGACAAAGCGGUACAAGAUUGUCAAAGGAAUUGCUCGAGGCAUUAAGUAUCUUCAUGAAGAUUCAAGGCUUAAAAUUAUACAUCGAGAUCUUAAGGCUAGCAAUGUAUUAUUGGAUAGUGACAUGAAUCCGAAAAUCUCAGAUUUUGGUAUGGCAAGGAUUUUUAUGGUGGACCAAACUCAAGGAAAUACUAGUCGCAUUGUAGGAACAUAUGGAUAUAUGUCUCCGGAAUACGCCAUGCAUGGAGAGUUUUCUGUUAAGUCUGAUGUGUACAGCUUCGGUGUCCUUCUAAUGGAGAUUAUAAGUGGGAAGAAGAAUAGUUCUUUCUAUCAAAUAGAGGGUGCUGAGGACCUGCUUAGCUAUGCCUGGAAACUUUGGAAGGAUGGAGAACCCUUGCAACUGUUGGACCCCACAAUAAGAGAAUCUUACACUCCAAAUGAAGUUAUGAGAUGCAUCCACAUUGGUCUGCUGUGUGUUCAAGAAGAUCCAGCUGAGAGACCUUCAAUGUCAUCCAUAGUUCUGAUGCUUGAUAGUUACUCUGUGACUCUGCCAACCCCUUCAAAGCCUGCAUUUUUCGUCCAUAGCGGAACUGAUCCAAACAUGCCAAAGUUGCUAUUUGGUCAAUCUACGACCAAGUCAGCGCCAAUGUCGGUGAAUGAGAUGUCUGUUAGUGAAGUGAUACCUCGGUAAGCUUAAAAGUUGGAGGUUUUGGCAAACGUGCCUCUGUCUAAGUGGUUGGUCUAUUGAGGCAACGUUGCUUCUUUUUUAGUGUGAAUUACAGGUGAUUCAGGCAACGUUGUAUUUAUAUAUAGCCAUGAGGUCUCUAGAUGACUUCUUAUGUUCCUUUUGUAAUAUUUUGGGUUGAAUCCACCAAUAAUUAUUUGCCUUGCAAAGUGUCAAUUUUGCGUUGUAGCAGACUCGGAAGUUAGGAAGUAUAGUGACAUGCCGUCCAAC